CAUGGGGACCUAUGCUGGUUCUAUCCCACCUGCCCCCAGACUCUAGGCACAGUGCCAUUCCUACCCCCCAGCACAUGGAGAGCAGAGGGAAGGCCUGCCCUAUUUCCUGUGACCCUUGCCAGCCCACUGCCCACCCAGCAGGUGGUGAAGGACCAGUCAACAGAUGGGCCAGUGGCCCCAGCCAAUCCUCCCUACCCUUCUCACAGCAGCAGAGGGCCAUUCCCUGCCUCACUUCAUCCCAGAGAGGUG